AUGGGUGGGUGUUUUCUUCUUUGUGCACUCCUUUUACAACUGUCAGGGACAUUGCAAGGUGAGACGAUGCUUUCAGCUGAAAGCACUUCUUUGAAGUGUGACCUGGGCUCGCAACCAUGCAAGGAUGGCUUUGAGUGUGUCCUCUACAGUCAUGUGUGUGAUGGAGAGGUUGACUGCAAGGAUGGUUCAGAUGAAAUGGACUGCUCUUCAGGAUGCAAUAAAGAUCAGUUCCAGUGUGCUCAUCGGCAAAAGUGUAUAGCCAAGGACCAGGUGUGUGAUGGGAUACAUCAGUGUCAGGACCGUUCGGAUGAAGUGGACUGUACGAAGCAGACUGAGGACUGUUUUCAUCAAUGCGACAAGAGUCGCUGCAUGCCUGCAAACUUCAUCUGUGACGGCGAUAAGGACUGUUUGGACGGCACGGACGAAGCCAACUGCGAGGAAGAGCUGUAUGAAAAUGACGAGGCCAGUUCAACCUUCGUACCUGCCGCUGUUGGCUCCUCAAACCCCAUCAAGUGCCUUUUUGGCUCGACACUUUGCAAGAACGGAGUAGAGUGUGUCCCUUUCAACCAUUUCUGUGAUGGAGAAGCAGACUGCAGAGAUGGUUCGGAUGAGGAAGAAUGCAAAUCAACAUGUGAACCAGGCCAGUUCCAGUGCGCGCAUGGAAUGAAGUGCAUCGAGCAGAGCAAGGUGUGUGACGGCAUGCCUCACUGCCAGGACCGCUCGGAUGAACUAGGAUGCGUCAAACGGCUUCAUGGCUGCGCUCACCAUUGUGAUAACAACAGCCGCUGCAUUCCCAACAACUUCCUCUGUGACUGGGAGAGGGACUGUGUGGACGGGAGUGACGAAGCAAACUGUGCUGACAUGGGCUGCAGUGACACCGAGUUUCAGUGCAUCAGUGGCCAGUGUGUGUCAGCCACAAUGCUUUGCGAUGGUCACCCAGACUGCCAGGACCGCACGGAUGAGGACGGCUGCACCAACACGCCGGCCUGCACCACCAAACUCCGCUGCCCCCAGAGCCAAGAGUGUCUGGUGCAGGAGUGGAUCUGUGAUGGAGAUCAGGACUGCAAAGAUGGCACAGAUGAGAAGGACUGUCCUGUGGUUCCACUAGUCUGUGGUAAGUUCCAGUGGUCGUGUAACUCCAGGACAAAGUGUGUCCCUACAGCGUGGAGAUGUGACGGCAUGAAGGACUGCGAUGAUGGAAGUGACGAGACUGAAUGUGGGCCGGUGACAUGCCUCCCCCACCAGUUCCAGUGUGGCAGCCAGGAGUGCCUGAAUCCCAUCCUGGUGUGCAACGACUUCUCCAACUGCGCAGACGGCUCUGACGAGGGGGGCGGCUGCCAGGUCACCUGUGCAGAGGCAGAUGACCACCGCUGCUCCCAACUCUGCUACGCCACGCCACAGGGACCGCGUUGUCGCUGUACAGCAGGGUUCAGGCUCAUGAAUGACAAGCAGAGCUGUGCUGAUAUUGACGAGUGUGAAGGCCGGGGGCCAGGCGUGUGCAGUCACCUGUGCAUCAACACGCUGGGCUCGUACCAAUGUGAUUGUCACCCUGGCUAUGUUAUGGAGACGGGUGGACACAGCUGCAAGAUCACUGGUGAACCCUUCCUGUUGGCGUCCGUCCAAACGGACCUCUUUGCGUUUGGCCUGCGCAGCGGUAGCCUAGAUGUGUUGCCGUCCACGGCCAAGAAGGCCAUCCUCUCUCUGGACUACGACUGGCAGGAGCAGAGAGUCUUUUGGGUCAGUCUGGACACUGAUAGCAUCAGGUGGUCCUCGCUGGACAAGAAGACCACAGGCACUCUGAUUAAAGAUGUCCGGGCUGAUUCUAUUGCGGUUGACUGGCUCGGGAGGAACCUGUACUGGAUCGACGGCGUGACCAGUAAGAUUAUUGCCAUCAGACUGGCCAAAGGAACCGUGAAGUCGGUGGACCACAGUGUCAUCUUGGAUGAAGACCUGGAUCAGCCUCGCUCUCUGGCACUGCUGCCACAAAAAGGGCUGAUGUUCUGGACUGAGAUCGGUAAUGUCAUGAAGAUAGAGCGUGCCGGGAUGGACGGGUCUGAGAGGAGGGCGGUGGUGAACUCCAGUCUGGGCUGGCCGGGCGGUGUGGCUGUGGACGCCAUCUCUGAACGAGUCUACUGGACGGAUGAGAGGCUGAGGGCGAUUGGAUCUGCAACGCUGGAUGGAGAUGACAUUCGGAUUCUACAGAUGAAAGAGACCACCAACCCAUUCUCCCUGUCAGUGUUCAAUGACAUGCUCUACUGGUCUGACGCCAAGAAGAGAGUGGUGCUGGCUGCCCAUAAAAUAACUGGAAAAAACCCUAAAGUUCUCCUGAAAAGACCCAGGCAACCUUUUGCUGUGAAGGUCAUCCACCCAUUGCUCCAGAUUGGCAUUGAGAACCAGUGUAAGAAGAUGAGAUGUUCCCACAUGUGUGUGUUGUCCCCCGGAUCCAAGGCUGUGUGCAAGUGUCCCGCUGGACUCUUACUGGCUGAGGAUGGCCUUUCCUGCUCCAGCCUGUUCAAUUCAGCCUACCUGCUGAUGCUGUCGCCCUCUACUGUCACACAGGUCUACCUGCAGUCCCAACACACAGUAACACACCUGCAGGGCUGGCCUGAACACCUGGCCCUGCAGGUGCCCGGUGUCAAUGAGGCGACCUUCAUGGACUUCAGCCUACGUGACCACACCCUGUUUGUGACCGACGACGGCACGACUUCACUCGGCUCCUUUAAACUGAAGGGCUCCGUCUUGUCCUCUAAGGGACAGAGUCUCAAACUCAUGGGGAACACCAUCACCGCCAUGGCCCUCGACUGGGUAACGGAUAACAUCUACUGGAGCGGCAACAAACAGCACCGCUUGCAGGUGACCGCCAUCCCUAGUGGGCACACGGCUGUUCUCAUCAAGGAAGGUAUUGGUAGGAUAGAGUCCAUCGCCCUCCACCCUCCCAGUGGCAGAGUUUGUUUCACCAACCUGGGGCCGCAGGGUACCGGCACAGUGGCCACUGUAGAGUGUGCCAACAUGGACGGUGCCGGGCGGAGUGUGAUGUGGAAGGAUGCUGUCCAGCCCACAUCUCUAGUCUUCUCCAGUAACGGGGAAAAGAUUUACUGGGCUGACAAGGGUUCAGGGACCAUCUGCUCUGUCCAGCUAGAUGGAUCUGGAUACUUGGAGUUUAAGGUUGACGAUGGCCUGACUGCUGUGGCUCUGAGUGAUUAUGCAACGUUCUGGAUGACUGUCAGUGGCAAGACCAGGGUCUGGUACAGAGACAACGGGAAGCAGCAAAACAAGCUGUGGUUUGAGGUCGCCACAGAAGUGAUCAGCUUGAAGGCGUUCAGCAAGUCCAGUCAGACUGGUUCAAACGAGUGCACGAAAAACAACGGCAACUGCCCCCACUUAUGCCUCGCCACCCCAGGAGGGCGGACAUGCAAGUGUGCCCAUGACCAAAUCUCUGUGAAUGCCACCCACUGUGGCCCGUCGCAGCACUGCCCUGAUGGCAGCAGGCAGUGUCUGGAUCAGCGCUCAUGCCAGCCUGUUGACAAGUUCUGUAACGGUCAGGUUGACUGCAAUGACAACUCGGACGAGAACUGUAUUGGUCUGAAGAAAGGGUCAGAAGUAAAGUUCCUUGCUCCCACCCCGACCCACAGCUCCUCUGCUCCUCCUUCACUGCCGCCUGUAACUCUUCUUCCUGAAGUCACUGGCCUGAAUACCACCCUGGACGCAAACCAUCUGCUGAAGAACCUGAACGCAGACGAGUGCAGCCAGAGACGCUGCAGUGGCAACGGCCACUGCAUCGAAACCGAUGGCGACACUGCGUGUGCGUGCAAGCUGCUCUACAGCGGCGACGCCUGUCAAGACAACCUGCUGAAGGACAUGCAGGGCCCCAUCGUGUACGGCGGCGUGGCGCUCUGCGCAUCAGUGGUGUUCAUUGUUGUGUUGGCCAUUGUGGUCAGGCGGAAGAAGGCCAACAAAAGGAGAACCAGCCCGGCAGCAUUGAAGGGAACCAGUAUGACUGACCUGGAGAACAAAGCGGAGACCACCCCGAGUGCACAAACGUCCCCAGCAGACACGGACAAACCAGAGGAAGCGGUAUCUUCUGUGGGCUGA